UCAUCAAAAUGGAUACUACAGUGUUAUUCAUAUAUCUUCGUCCCUCUCUCUAUAACUACAGUGUUAUCCAUAAAUCUAUAAGAUACUACACUGAACUCAAAAUUUCUUUGGUUUAUUUAGUUCAUUAAAAUCAUCAAAAUGGAUUCUCGUACAUUGGAAAUCAACGUUAUGUCUGCAAGGGAUCUAAACAAAGUCAACCUCAUCAUGAAAAUGGACGUGUACGUCAUCGUUUCAAUCUUCGGCGGGGACAAGAAAUCGAAACAGAAGACCAAAACGCCGGUGGAUAACGAUGGAGACAGCAAUCCCACUUGGAAUUUUCCUAUAAAGUUCACGGUGGAGGAGGUGGCGCUCAAGCAAAACCGCCUGAAUCUUGUGUUCAAGCUUGUGUGUCAGCGUGCACUGGGGGAUAAAGACGUUGGUGAAGUGCAUGUGCCGUUAAAAGAGCUUCUUGAAUCUCCGACGGCUGCCGGCGGAGGCGGGGAUGGGAAACAGCAGAAGUUUGUGAGCUAUCAAGUGAGGAAACCCAGUGGGAAGCCUAAAGGGAAACUCACUUUUUCGUACAGGUUUAUUGAGAAAGUUGCCGGUGGGUUUGCAGCGGCGCCACCAGUUCUUCCGCCUGUUGCGACAAAAGUUGAAGAUGACAAGCCUGUCACCGCUUUUCCAGCAAAUCCGAUGAUGGCAAGACCUAGUUCUAUGUAUCCUCCGCCACCGCCUGUAGGGUAUCCUCCUUAUCCAAUUGCUGAGGGAAAUGCGCAGUAUCCACCCCCGCCACCGCCGCCUGGAGGAUAUCCUCCUCCUCCUUCCGGAUAUGGGUACCCACAACCACCUCCACCCUCUUAUGGUGGAUACCCGCAGCCUCCACUGCCAGGAUAUGGGUACCCCCAACCACCACCACCACCACCACCAGGGUAUGGCUAUCCGCCGCAGCCGGCGGUACAGCCGCCAAAAAAGAACAAAUUUGGCAUGGGACUAGGUGCCGGACUGCUAGGAGGUGCUAUUGGCGGGCUGUUAAUUGGAGAUAUGAUUUCGGAUGCAGGGGAUUGUGGCUUUGAUGGUGGAUUUGAUUUUUGAUUUUUGAUUUUACAUUUUCUUUACUUCGUUGUUAUUAGUUAUUAUUAUGUGGGUGUAUUUCAGAUUUGGGAGCUGCCAAGCUUUUGCCUUUUGGAGUAAGUUGCACCGUAUAUAUUUAUAAAAAGGUUGAACCGUAUAUUUAUAUGAUGUAAGAAAGUUGUGCAAUGAUUUUUUAUCAUCAAGAUGUUAUUAGACGAUCAGUUGGAA